GUGGGUAAAUAGUGGGCCAAGCAGGAAGAUGGCGGCUGUAGCGGAGGUGUGAGCGGACCCGAGUCUCUGCAGCUGGAUUUUCUCUUCCUUUCCUCCUCCCCCUUUCCUUCUCUAAUUGAGAUUGGCAUCAAGGGGACUGAGUUCGGGUGGCAGCGCGGGGCGCAGCGCAGGGGUCACGGCGACGGCGGCGCCUGACGGCUGGAAGGGCAGGCUUCCUUCGCCGCUCGUUCUCCUUCCCCGGUCCGCUCGGUGUCAGGCGCGGCGGCGACGGCGGCGCGUGGGGCGGACUUCGUCCCUUCUCCAACACCCCCCGGCCCCGGAGCGGGCACUCUUCCCAUCACCAUCCCCUGACAUUUCACCCCGGGGACUGGGCGCCUCCUCCGGCGCAGCUCGGGGAGCGGGGGCCGGUCUCCUGCUCGUCUGUCGCGCCUCCAUGUCGGAUAACCAAAGCUGGAACUCGUCGGGCUCGGAGGAGGAUCCGGAGACGGAGUCCGGGCCGCCUGUGGAGCGGUGCGGGGUCCUCAGCAAGUGGACAAACUACAUUCAUGGGUGGCAGGAUCGUUGGGUAGUUUUAAAAAGUAAUGCUCUCAGUUACUACAAAUCUGAAGACGAGACAGAGUAUGGCUGCAGAGGAUCCAUCUGUCUCAGCAAGGCUGUCAUCACGCCUCAUGAUUUUGAUGAAUGUCGGUUUGAUAUAAGCGUAAAUGAUAGCGUUUGGUAUCUUCGUGCUCAGGAUCCAGAUCACAGACGACAGUGGAUAGAUGCGAUUGAACAGCACAAGACUGAAUCUGGUUAUGGAUCUGAAUCCAGCUUGCGUCGACAUGGCUCAAUGGUGUCACUGGUGUCUGGAGCAAGUGGCUAUUCUGCAACAUCCACCUCUUCAUUCAAGAAAGGCCACAGCUUACGUGAGAAAUUGGCUGAAAUGGAAACCUUUAGAGAUAUCCUAUGUAGACAAGUUGAUACUCUACAGAAGUACUUUGAUGCCUGUGCUGAUGCUGUCUCCAAGGAUGAACUUCAAAGGGAUAAAGUGGUGGAGGAUGAUGAAGAUGACUUUCCUACAACACGUUCUGAUGGAGACUUUUUGCAUAAUACCAAUGGCAAUAAGGAAAAGUUAUUUCCACAGGUAACACCAAAAGGAAUUAAUGGUAUAGAUUUUAAAGGGGAGGCAAUAACUUUUAAAGCAACUACUGCUGGAAUCCUUGCUACACUUUCUCAUUGUAUUGAACUAAUGGUAAAACGUGAGGACAGCUGGCAAAAGAGACUGGAUAAGGAAAUCGAGAAAAGAAGAAGGAUAGAGGAAGCAUACAAAAAUGCCAUGACAGAACUUAAGAAAAAAUCCCACUUUGGAGGACCAGAUUAUGAGGAAGGCCCAAAUAGUCUGAUUAAUGAAGAAGAAUUCUUUGAUGCUGUUGAAGCUGCUCUUGACAGACAAGAUAAAAUAGAAGAACAGUCACAGAGUGAAAAGGUCAGGUUACAUUGGCCUACAUCCAUGCCAUCUGGAGAUGCCUUUUCUUCUGUGGGGACUCAUAGAUUUGUUCAAAAGCCCUAUAGUCGCUCUUCCUCCAUGUCUUCCAUUGAUCUAGUCAGUGCCUCUGACGAUGUUCACAGAUUCAGCUCCCAGGUUGAAGAAAUGGUGCAGAACCACAUGACUUAUUCAUUACAGGAUGUAGGUGGAGAUGCCAAUUGGCAGUUGGUUGUAGAAGAAGGAGAAAUGAAGGUAUAUAGAAGAGAAGUAGAAGAAAAUGGGAUUGUUCUGGAUCCUUUGAAAGCAACUCAUGCAGUUAAAGGCGUUACAGGACAUGAAGUCUGCAAUUACUUCUGGAAUGUUGAUGUUCGCAAUGAUUGGGAAACAACAAUAGAAAACUUCCAUGUGGUGGAAACAUUAGCUGAUAAUGCAAUCAUCAUAUAUCAAACGCACAAGAGAGUGUGGCCUGCUUCUCAACGAGAUGUAUUAUAUCUUUCUGCCAUUCGAAAGAUACCAGCCUUGACUGAAAAUGACCCUGAAACUUGGAUAGUUUGUAAUUUUUCUGUGGAUCAUGACAGUGCUCCUCUAAACAAUCGAUGUGUUCGUGCCAAAAUAAAUAUUGCUAUGAUUUGUCAAACCUUGGUAAGCCCACCAGAGGGAAACCAAGAGAUUAGCAGGGACAACAUUCUAUGCAAGAUUACGUAUGUCGCUAAUGUGAACCCUGGAGGAUGGGCACCAGCCUCAGUGUUAAGGGCAGUGGCAAAACGAGAGUAUCCAAAGUUUCUAAAACGUUUUACUUCUUACGUCCAAGAGAAAACAGCAGGAAAACCUAUUUUAUUCUAGUAUUAAAAGUGACGGAAGCAAGGCUGUGUGACAUUCCAUGUUGGAGGAAAAACUGAAAAGAAAAAUGCUCUAAGCUGGAACAUAGGAUCUAUAGCCUUGUCUGUGGCCCAACAUCUUGGCCUUGUGUAAAAAAAAAAAAAAAAAUGAAGAAAUAUUGCAAUAGCAAAGCUGAAUAUCUAACACUAGCUGUCUCCUGCUAGAUCUCCGUGCUCAGCAUAUAACUAUAAAUACAUGUAAAAUUACAUGUACAUGGCUAUAUUUUUAUUUGCUUGCUCCCAGAAGAGAAAAAAAAAAAUCAACUUUGAAUCACAACUAGGAAUUGAUGCUUUAAUUUUUGGAAACUUUUUCAAAAUUUUUAAUUUAGUAUGGUCCGGCCUAAGAUCCUCAGUUGUAUCAGGUUUUGUGCACAAAAGAAAAGCACAGAAGUUGAACACACACGGGAAUGUGCUUUCUGUGCACCAAAUAUCUGGAUGGGGUUCUUUUUUCAGGCCUAUAUAGUCAAAUCUGUGUCCAGAAUUUUUUGACUUCUUUGCUUUGUAUAAUCAUAGAAUUUAUUGCUGCUGAUUUCUAUAAUGAUUCAUGUUGUCAUGUAAGGUGUCUUUUAAUAACUGAGGGCUGUCAGUAACCUGUGAUUUUGCUUUUUCUAUAGUCUUACUCCCAUGAAGAACCUUGGUUCUGAUGGAGAAAGUGAAAAGCUUUAUUUUUUUCUCCAUAUAUCUUUAUGUUUCUUGUAUUUUUAUUUGUGUUCUGUGUGCUACAGCUUUUGUUUUUUCAGUUUGUUAGAAACACAAUAUGGCAAUUCCUGAAUUGGUUCUGCCUGCCUCCAAACAUCUGUACAAAUCUUAUGGAUAUAAAUUACUUUCUGGUAAAAUGGUCAGGAUAAAAUGAGCUCACAUUUUUAUGAAAUUUGUAAGAGGUUAUAUGGUAUUACUUGUUAAAGCAAAUCAGACUGAGUUUGACAUUUGAUUCAAUAUUUCUAGUAUUCAGUAACAAGUAUGUUUGUUAAUUCUUCUAAUUUGGGUCAGUUUAAGAGAGAUGUUGCAGGAUAUGCACACAAAAUGUUAGCAUUGCUCCUGUUUGCCUCUUGAUCAGAAACUUCAGCAGAGCAGUAAAGGAUUCCAUGUGAUUCAAACUGAAAUUCUUUCCUUAGUUGCUGUAAGAACUUACAUGUAAAAUACCUUUUUUAGUUUAUUAGUUUCAGGCCUCUGUGAAAAACCUUGAAGCAUGGAGUUGAGGCAAGGAAUUAUACUCAUUGAAGUGGAAAUGACUGCCCACUCCAAAAUCUUCAUUGUGUUUAUACACAGAUGUGCUUACAUAUAUCAGAGGCAUUUUGUAGAUGUUUUGCUGACUUGUUCAUCUCUGUAGAAACACAGAAAUCAGACCCAUUUUGUUAAGCAGAAAGUCAUGUCACAUGGAACAUGUCCUGUAUAUAUUUCAUACGUGGUAAUGAAGUCUUAAUGAUAAAUGCAAGGUGAUAAUUUAA